AUGUUACCUACUAUUCCUUAUGAUCAAUUAAAUCAGUUGGAGUCUAACGGCAGUACUGCUCUCCAUGCUGCAACAUAUGGUGGUCAUUUAGACAUUGUUCGUCUACUUCUACAUGAAUAUGGUUGUCAACGACAUCUAAGAAAUCUUUACGGUUUUACAGCAUAUGAAAUAGCACAAACAGAAGAAAUGCGACAAGUUUUUCAUCGACCAUCAAAUAAAAAUCGAUUUAAUGACGAUUCGAUGGGUUUUGAACAAACUUUUAGAAGACAUUCAUCAUCAAUAAAUCAAAUUGUAAUGGGUAGUCGUAUUGAUGACAAUGACGUUGCAAAACCCAAUCAACGGUUUUAUGUCGGUUAUGAAACAAAUGAAGAAGUUAAAAAGCAAUUAGAUAGUAUUAAUGGUGUUAAGGCGCUCUUUCAAUCACGAAUCGGACGAUAUAUAACGAAGCAAGGAAUAAAAUUAAAACUUGGCAAAAGAGCUGGGUAUAGUAAGAAAGAAUAUCCUUAUAUUGCAAAUGAACAAUUUCAACAAGAAUCUUUGCAAAAAAUAUUAGAUGAGAGUGUUACUUCGAAUCAUAUUGACUAUAAACAUUGCUGUUAUCUUCUCAACGAAUACAUUCAACAAGGUACAAUCGAAUCUUUGUUAAAACUCUACACAUUGGAAACACCAUUUUAUUGGUCAUUAUUCAAAUCGCCAAGUCCAUUAGAAUUUCCACUUUUUAUGCAUUUGUCAGAUUUAAAAGAACGUUAUUAUCAAGGAUAUUCCUAUCGUGGUGUUCAAUUGAUUCAACAUCAGUUAGAUGAAUAUCGAUGGGCAUUGAAAACUAAAGAUAGUGUUUUAUCAUUGGUUACAUUUGCGUCGACAUCUAUUAAUCGAAGCGUAGCUGAGAAGUUUGCUGUAAAAUCAUCAUCAUCAUCAGAUAAAAUAACUGCCCUAUUGAUAUUUCAUUUUCCUCAACCAUGUGACACAGCAAUCAACUUAAGUAAAAUUCCUCAAUAUCAAUUACCAUGUAUAUCAAAUUAUGAAAAUGAAAAAGAAAUAUUAAUUGCUCCACGAACAUUUUUCAAAGUGACAGAUAUUGAAAUUGAUCAACCUCCUGAACGUUAUACGAUUUAUUUAGAGAAUCGAGUCGCCGGUGGUUCAUAUCGGGUCGAGUAUGUUAAAAUGAAUGAAAUGAGCGAGUUCAUUAUUAAAAUAUUACAUGAUCUUGCACAAAUUGGUUCUAUUUAUGUAUUACAAGAUGAACACAAUGAUUAUUUACUAUGGCCUUUUGAACAAUAUGGAAAGGUGAAUGGUCCCUUUUCAGUUGUCGCGAAAUUUUAUGAUCAAAUGAAAACGGAUAUGCUGCGAAUCAAACGUGAACAUGAAUGUAUUAGUUUUGAUAUAUGGCGAGUUUCAGACAGUACCGAUAGUCUCAACACAGUAUUUCAAAGAAAAGAUCGACAAGAAGCCACAUUCAUGUUCGGUCAGUUGCUUAAACGUGUUCUUGUUGAUACAUAUAAUAAAGACGAUGAUUCCAUUGAAUCAUUCAGUGGUCAUGAGAAAUCUGCUCAAUUUUAUAUUCAAUUGCUCCAAGAAUCGAAUCUAUUACCUGAUGAACGGGCAAUUGCUUUGAGUAAUCUGGGUUCAACUUACGACAGUGCAGGAGACCAUAGCACAGCUCUUAAAUACUACUUGGAAACAUUGGAUAUCGAAAAAGAACAUAAAUUAUCUUCUGAUAGGACACUCUGCAAUAUCGGUUAUGCCUAUUGGCAACUUCAACAAUACGAACUUGCACGUAAAUAUUACCAAUCGGCACUGGACAUGGCUUUAUUUAAGCGAGAUAAUGAAUUAAUUGCAUGUAUUUAUGAGAACAUCGCAACAUUAUUAGAUGAUGAAAAUGAUCUUAAUCAAGCCCUUGUCUAUCAUGAUAAAGCACUAAAAAUUCGAGAAGACUAUUUGCCAUCUAUACAUAAAAAUAUUGCAAUGACGCAUUACAUCACUGGCAACCUUUUAUUUCGACAAGGUAACGUUGAUGGUUCUCUCAAAGCAUUGAAGAAGUUUUUACAUAUUCAACUAUUAUCAUUACCUCCUGAUCAUUCAGAUCUUCGUAUGACGUUUACACGAAUUGCCGAUACAUAUCAUCAUCUAGGACGACAUGAAGAUGCAUUCGAUGCAAUUGCACGAGCAAUGAAAAUUAACCUUCAAUCAAUUGAAAUGAAUUGUCGUCUGCUCGGAUCCGAUCAUCCAAACAUACAAUCUGACUUAGAAGAAAUUCGUCUAUUAUCUCCUAAACUCAAUAGAAAUCGAUCAACAAAUAAUAAUAAAACAUAA